CAUUAUGAUAUUUUAAAGGUUGUCUAUGAAGAGCGGGCUGGACCUAAUGGACGGUCCAGGCAGUUGAUGUGGAUUUCAACGAUUCCAAGUACAACCAUGUGCAUGGGAAAUUUUCCCUUCAUAUAGCCCACUGUAUCAUUUCUCAAUAGGGAAAUGGCAGAUGCUGUCGUCCGUAUUCUCCUAGAUAAUUUGGUGUCAUUACUUGAAAGCGAAGGUCGACAACUACUUGAAUUUGAUGACCGGUUUGAAGAAACAACGCAGGAGCUAAAGUAUAUGCAGAGCUAUCUCAAGGAUGCUGCUCAGGUGAAGAUAAAAGAGAGGAAUGAGACUUUCAAGACAAUAAUGAGAGACUUAAGAGAGCUGGUAUAUGAUGCUGAGGAUGUAAUAGCAGAUUGCCAUCUUCAAUUCCAUAAAAAAGACCAAGGGUGUGCACCCAAUUUUAUUAGUUAUUGCUCUCCUGCCCUUUUGAAAUCCCGCCGUCGGAUGGGAAAGCGGUUGAUGGAAACAAAUAAAAAAAUAAAAGUGGUGCAAGGGAAGAUGAAUUCCUACUUGCAAACAGCUCCUCGUCACACUGGCAAAGAUGAAGAUGGUAGGAAUAUGCCAUUGACCUACCCAAUCCUAAUGCAUGAAGCUGAAAUGGUAGGAUUAGAAGAUGACUCAGGAAAGGUUAGAAAUUGGAUCUUAAAAGCAGAUGGACCCUCAACAAUGAUUGGAAUAGUUGGAAUGGGGGGAAUCGGUAAAACCACACUCGCUCAAAAGAUAUGUCAUAGUGAGAGUGUGAAAAACUCUUUUCAUCACUUGGUUUUUGUUACUGUUUCUCAAAGUUUCAAAUUGGACGAAUUGCUAAAGAAGAUGUUAAAAAAGCUAGAUGUAAAAGAGGAAUCUCUGAGGGGAAUGGAUGUUGAGGAGCUAUUGGAAAGUCUCAACAGGAAAUUAGAUGCAAAAUACUUGGUAGUUUUGGACGAUGUUUGGCAAACAAAUGAAGGGAUGUGGUGGGAUAGCUUGAAGUCUGGUUUGCCCCGAGUGGAGGGUAGCUGCGUUAUUGUUACAACUAGGAAUGAAGAGGUUGCUAAAUCAAUGGGAGCUGAUGGCAGACACAUACACUAUCCCCAAACUCUUUCAAAAGAAGAUAGUUGGUCCUUGUUCAGUAAAGUAGCUUUUGCAAGAACUGGAGGUAAGUGCACAAAUCCAGACUUGGAGGGCUUGGGAAAGGAGAUUGUUGCGAGGUGCGGGGGACUGCCAUUAACAAUCAAGGUUGUGGGUGGAAUGAUGCUGGGGAAGAGUGAUUAUAUCCAUGAAUGGAGGGAAAUAUUAGAGCGCGAGGAGUUGGGAAUCGAUAAGAAAGAUGAACUGAUCAUUUCGAGACUACAGUUAAGCUACGAAGAGCUCCCAACACACUUAAAACCUUGCUUUUUGUGCUUUGCCGUGUUUCCUGAAGAUUUUGAAAUUGAUGUUCGUGACAUGGUUAACUGGUGGAUUGGUGAGGGUUUUGUUUGGGGAAGAAAUGGGAAAACGGCAAUUGAAAUAGGAGAAGAAUGUUUUUCAGAAUUAUUUAAUCGAUUUUUGAUACUUGGAGUGGAUAAAGAUUUCUUUGAAAGACACUUUAAUAGGUGCAAAAUGCAUGAUAUGGUUAGAGAUAUGGCAAUAAAAAUUGCAAGAGAAGAGAGUUUUUUUGUGAGCUUGGACUGUGGAGGUAAUCCUGCAUUCAGUGAGCAGUCUCGCCGUCUGGGAAUUGUGAGGAAUACAGUAGUGGAGAGCAUUGAAAAUAGUUCCACCAAGUUGCGGACAUUGGUUGGGGUGCACAUUGAGAGCAAAGAGAUCAUUGCAAGUGUAAAAUUAAAACUCUGCAAAGUAAGGUGGUUGAAGGUGUUAUCUCUUUCAUUGUCAAGCAAAAAAAUAGAUGAAGAUGUUGUGGCCAAGGAUUGGUUGAGUGGGAUAGGGUCAUUACAGCACCUCGUUUAUCUUAACAUAGAGAGUAGUUCUGCCUUAAUAUCACUGCCCGAUUCAAUCGGAAAUCUUCGUAAUCUUCGGAUUCUACGUUUAGAAGACUGUCCUAAUUUGAAAAGGCUUCCUGUGUCAAUCACAACAUUAGAGAAGCUAACAGCUAUCCAAAUUAUCAGCUGUGAUUCUUUAGAAUGCAUGCCGGAAGGGCUUGGAAAGCUUUCAAAUCUCGAAUGGUUAGGAUGGUUUAGUCCUGUGAAUAAAAAUGGAUCCGGUAUUUCGGAGUUGAAGAGCUUGACAAAACUUAGAGAACUUUGGAUGGAGAUAAAGUCAGUGGAAGAAAUAGAAGAAGGGGAAUGGAAUGUGUUAUCAAUGCUCCAGCAUCUGCAAAUUCUAUGGUUAAAAUUUGGGGAAAUUUCUGUUGAAAGAGAUGGAGUUGUAAAGAAGAUUGAAGGUGAGCUUUCUCCUCCUCUUAAAUUCCUCAGAAAGUUGUAUCUUUGGAACUGGCCAGGAGAAAGGACACCUGCGUGGCUCAGUCCUACUUCCCUUCCCAAUCUUCAGUUUCUUUACAUUUAUGGUUACGGGGGAAGGAUUAGGGAGAUGGGUCCCAGAUUUUGGGACAGCGAGAGUGGGGUAUUGAAAGUGGAGGUCUUGGUGCUAGUAUUUUUGUACGAAUUGGAAGUGGAGUGGCAGAGCAUGCGAAGGGCAAUGCCGUCUUUAAGACUCCUCAAGGUUAGGAACUGUCCGAAGCUCAACUCAUUCCCAUUCGAUGUUACAUCUCGUAAGGAGGAGGUAUGGAGGAGAGAAGAAGCAGAAGAAGUUUCAGGUGCUGCCAAAGAGGAAGAAGAAGAGGAAAAAGAAGAAGGAGCAUCACUAGGGGAGAUUACUGCCGCAUGACUCGAGGAAAGGCGAUUUCUAUCAUAUAGAGCCAACCCCAAAGUCCUGGCGCUUAUCACCUGAGUCUCGUUUUCCAACAGUCUAUACAGUUCAUCAUGUGCUUUCUCGCCUUUAACUUCCUGUCUCCGUUAAUAAAUCUGUGAACUCUAGUUCCUUUUUAUGUUAUACUCGUACCCAAUAAACAUUUGAAAUUAGAACAUUCUGAUAUCUGGGGACAUACUUGAUUUUGCUAUCAGAUACAUUUCAUAGAUGAUGUUAGUAGAUUUACAUGGUAUUUUUCCUUGUUAUACAUUCAGUGUUUUUUUCAAAGACUUAAAUCCAAUAUUGAGAAUA